AUGCAUCUCGCGGAUAUUCUCGGCUUCGAACACUCCAUUCUGACCAUCCAGGGCGUGCUGCCGGAUGCGAAAAGCCAGCGCAAUUCUACUGUGUGCGGGCUUCUCUCCAACGCAGAUCUCCAAAAGCUCAACUCGAUCAUUAAGGGAUUGAUCCGCUUUCCCGACCUCACCGACGAAAUCUUCGCCUUCUUCAUUCGACAAACCAACGAAUGUACCGAUGCUCGCGCCGAAACCAAAGCCUUCGAAGCGCUCUAUGUGCUCUCCCAGUUCUGCAGGCCCUCCGAUCAACUGCUCCCCUAUCUCGUCGCUCAUCUGCACAAACGAUGUCACUCCGAUGACGAAGCGUCUCAUCGAUUCUCUUUCACCCAGAACGCGGGGAUCGCGCUCUACACCAUCGAAGGCUUGCUCGAGAGAGCGGUGCCCUUGCAGGACCUCGAGGAAUCCGAAUGGGAGAAACGGAGAACCCAGGUGGUAGCGCGGCUGAGCGAAGUGGAGAACACGCGGAUUCCGUCGGAUCUCCGCGGUUGUUCCGUGGGCGAGCUGCUCACCGUGGAGAAAAUGACGGAGCUGUUCUCGCGACACGGCUUCCCGAUCGAAACGGAAGCCGCUGUGCGACUGUCGCCGAUCGAAAGUCGCUCCGAGUGCUACAUGGACGAAGACCGCAUGCUGUUCGGCCUUCUCAAUGGCGUCUUCAUCCACAUGUCCGCCUCCGAUAAAUCUCUCAAAGAGAAGCGGUUCUGGGUCACUCCCACGCUCGAAAGCGUGUGCUGGCAGACGCGAAGCUCCUCGCAGAUUCACCGCCUCGCUGUGCGAAGCAUUCGCGAAGAACUACUCGGAAUCGAGCCGUCAGGGCUGUUCUUCCUCCUCCAACUGCACUGUCGAUGGGAUUUGGCCUCGGAACGCGAGAAGGAAGACGCCGACCACGUCGUGACGCUCGGGUUUCUCUCGCACCAGGAAGCGCAGCGCUUCCUUCUCUUCCUCAGCCACCUCAUUCAGUGGGUCCGCACCGAGCUUCCCUCGCUCCUCGGCCGCACCGAAGAAACCGCGGGAGAAAGCGAGGGCGUCCGCGCGGCCGAAUCGGUGAUCCAGCAGCAAUUCGCUCUCUCUCUGCGCCAUCAGAUCAACGAAACUUUGCAUCGCACGCUGCCGCUGGCGCGUUCCCCGCAGAACGAGACGCUGGACCCGCUGGCGGCGCGGUACGCGAAGAAAGUCCCGCGGGUGUUUAUUCUGUUAGCGCGGAAACUGGUCGAAUUGGAGGGCUAUAAACAGGAAGGAGCGUUUCGCCACAGCGCGGCGCAGGAGAAGCGGGACAAGUAUCUGCGAUGGAUUGCGAUGGGCGAUUACGCGUGUAUCGAGACGAUGGAUUCGGCGCACGUGGCGAUCACGGUGCUGAAACGAAUCUUUUAUGAUAUGAGGGAGCCGUUGUUUCCGUUUGAGAUCUACGAUGACUUGAUUCAAGCGGCGAAGAGCACGCGAGAGGAUUGCUUGAAGGUGCUGGACUUGCUGCCUCCGCCGAAUCGCCAGGUCGCGCAGUUUUUGUUUGACUUGUUCUGCUGCUACUUGGACCAUUCGGAGAACCUGCUGACGCCGAAUAGCUGCGGAAUCUGCAUUGCUCCGUCGAUUAUUCGGAGGUAG